GGAGGGCGAUGCGGGAGCGGCGUGGCGGGGACCAGCCGCGCAGUGCCAGGGAUGGUGCCAGGCGCGCAGGCAGCGCGCUGACCGCCCGCGCCCGCCGCUGCUGCCCGGCAGGAGGUGUCCUGCAUCUCCCCUGAAGGCAGGAUGACAGAGCACGAGGACUUUGCCAGCCUGGCUGGGUACUGGAACGCCUCGGACAGCUCUCAGUUCAGCCCCGCCAGUGUCAUCAUCCCAGUGGUCUUCUCCUUCAUCUUCCUCCUGGGCACGGUGGGCAACAGCUUGGUGCUGGCAGUGCUGCUGCGCAACGGCCAGAUGGGCCACAACACCACCAACCUCUUCAUCCUCAACCUCAGCCUGGCCGACUUCUUCUUCAUCAUCUUCUGCGUCCCCUUCCAGGCCACCAUCUACUCGCUGGAGGGCUGGGUCUUCGGCUCCUUCAUGUGCAAGGCCGUCCACUUCUUCAUCUACCUCACCAUGUAUGCCAGCAGCUUCACACUGGCUGCCGUCUCAGUGGACAGGUACCUGGCCAUCCGCUACCCACUGCGCUCCCGGGAACUGCGGACCCCCUGCAACGCGGUUGCUGCGUUGGCUGUGAUCUGGGGCCUCUCUGUGAUCUUCGCUGGUCCAUACCUGAGCUACUACGACCUGAUCGAGUGGGAGUCCAGCUACAUCUGCAUGCCCGGCUGGGAGGAGUGGAAGCGCAAGAUCAUGGACACCAGCACGUUUGCCUUUGGCUACAUGAUCCCCGUGCUGAUCGUCAGCCUCUCCUACACCAGGACCAUCAAGUACCUGUGGACGGCCGUGGACCCCCUGGAGGAUAUGUCAGAGUCCAAGAAGGCCAAGCGGAAGGUGACCAAGAUGAUCAUCAUAGUGACCAUCCUCUUCUGCCUGUGCUGGCUGCCCUACCACGUGGUGAUCCUGCGCUACCUCUAUGGGGACUUCCCCUUCAACCAGGCCACCUACGCCUUCCGGCUGCUCUCCCACUGCAUGGCCUACGCCAACUCCUGCCUCAACCCCAUCGUCUACGCCCUGGUCUCCAAGCACUUCCGCAAGGGCUUCAAGAAGGUCUUCAGCUGCCUCCUGAGGAAGAAGGCCCGCAACAAGGUCCAUGUGGUGCACGCUGCCCACACGGUGCCUGGCUUUGAGGCAGGCUCCACUGAGGUAUCCCAGAUGAACGAGGAGAACAACGGGCAGCAGGAUGAGUGUGAGCUGGAUGCAGGAUCCCUCAUGGUCCAGUCAGGCUCCUCCAGGCCCCUUCACCUCUCCUAGCAACGAGGCUCCAUCCUCUCGGGCAGCCAUGCUGUGUUGCCAGUGGCAGGGAGAGGCCUCUCCUUCUCACUGGAUGAUGGAGAGGACACGAGAGACAGUCCCAGAGAAUCCCACUCCUACCCCUGGACUUAAAUUUCUCCUGGCAUCUCCCGAGCACUGCAUCAGAGCCCCCCAGACAGCGUCCAAGAAGGGACCUGCCCGUGGGAGGGACCAGACCCCGGCUCACACUGGGGCAGGUCACGGGGUCUAAAGCUCAUUGGACCCCUUCUUUGCGAAUGGAGCAGAGACUGACAACACCAACCCAUCUCCUUUGAUUGCAUCUGGUUUGGUGUCAGUGCUCUCUGCUCCUUAAUUCCUGCCUUACCCACUAACACCCACCACUGUCUUGCUCUAGUGUAGUCCCGUCUAGGCAGUCCUGCUUUUUGCCUCAUUUAUGUGGCUUCUCGGGGUGCAAACAUUCCCUCCCAUCUCUAGCUCAUGACACUGUCUAGAGGCAGAUUCCCAACUCUCUGUUCCAUAUAUCACAGGCGAGGAGAGAGCACGGAAACGCAGCAGGCAAAGCUGCCUAGGCCUGCUCUAGCCAUGCUUUCAAACACGCCCUGGGGGAACAGACAGGGCUGGCCUGUCCCUCAGCCUCUGCUUGGGGCACUGUUUGUACCACUCCAUUUGCCAUGUGCAUUUGCAACUGCCCCACUGACUUCGUUGUACCAGCCACAUGCUUGUCCCUUUGCACCCAGGACCUUGGCCAUGUGCUCAUCUUUUGAUCCAUGAUACCUGCCCACCUACUCACCCCCCCGCCCUGUGCAGCACAACCCCUACUCUCCACACACCAUAUGCGUGGUGUUCACCUGGCAAUACCUGCCAUGAGGUCACCACUUGACACUGGCCCAGGUCUAGGUGCUGGGAGCAUCAUAGCGCAGCCCUUGUGUGUGAGCUGCUCGUUUUCCCUGCGCUCACUGUGUGACCUUCAUCAAUCCUUGUGUUCUGCAUAGCAGGUGGGACCAUAGAGUGCAGACAGGCCAGAAUCUAUGCUGGUUUAUUGACUAUGCCAUGGCCAAGACAGUCACCAUAACCGGUGUGCCCCUAAAGCAUGUUGUAUUCACGGCAUGGGUGCACAGCUGCCUGUGCGAGCCUGGUUCUGGUGCUCACCAUUCCAGUGUAAGGGGCUCUCCUUCGCACAUGGAGCGCUGGGGUCUGUGUGAGGGAGACGGGGCUGUACAUACUGUAGAGGUGUCUUUCUAACCCCUAGC